CAGGGACGCCAUUCGAACCUCCCGCGUGGCACAGCCGUGACGGCUUCGACCAAUCAGAGGCCUCGACGUCGUUGUUUGGGAUAGACGUCACCACCGAAGAUGGCGGUUGACAGGCGAAGAACUGCUGUCCUCUUCUUUUUAGUUCUUUUACAAUGUAUUUACCAGAUUUCGGGCAAGGCGGCCGUCAUAGAACUCAAUGAAGACAACUGGUACCAGAUGCUGGAGGGAGAAUGGAUGGUGAAGUUCUUUGCGCCAUGGUGUCCAGCUUGUAAAACACUUAAGCCUAUUUGGGAAGAUUUUGCAUCAUGGAGCGAUGACCUUGGAAUCUCUGUAGGUCAGGUUGAUGUGACAUCUUCUCCAGGACUGUCUGGACGGUUUAUGGUGAUAGCAUUACCCACCAUAUACCAUGUUAAAGAUGGAGUCUUCCGCCAGUAUCGUGGGUCUCGUGACAAAGACGAGUUCAUGAGUUUUAUAGAAGAGAAAAGGUGGGAAGCAGUGGAGGAAGUUCCAGCAUGGAAGUCACCAGCAUCAAUGCAGAUGUCUGUAGUUGCCCAGUUCUUUAAGCUGUCAAUGGUACUACGAGGAAUCCAUUCUGUGCUGGUGGAGGAAUAUGGGCUGCCUACAUGGGGAUCAUAUUUAGUCUUUGCAUUAGCCACAGUUGUUGUGGGUGCUCUUCUAGGCCUGAUCUUGGUGUGCAUUAUUGAUUUCAUGUUCCCUCCUAAAGCUCCAGGAUCAUACCCCCCUGCACCUGACCUUAAGGAUGAUGAUGAAGAUUUGGUGGAAGAUAUUCAGGAUAAAAUGAAGUUGAAUGUUGAGGAAGCGAUUUCAUCAAAUGGCAAAGAUUCAAUGAAAGAUACAGGUGAGGACAGAAAUGAUGGUGCAGAAGAGGAGGAAGAGGAUGAAAAUGAGGAAGAGAAAAUGGUGAGUGAAGGAGAGGAUAAAGGACAGAGUUCUCAAGGAGAAGAAAAUGAUUCUCAAGCUGAAGAUGAUGUGGAAUCCAAGAGCUCGCCAGAAGUACGCCGGCGCCGUCCAAGGAAAGAUUAGCACCCUCAUCUGUGUUACUAGAUAUCAAUUUAGAUAUUUAUCAGUUGCUGGGCUGAAGGUGUGUGUUGGUCAUAAUGUAUCUAGUUACAGUUGAAGUUUCUAUAACUGACUGGUUUGAUAAAAGCUCAAGAUAUACAUAAAAUUAGGAUCGAGUAUUCAUCUAGCAUCAAACCAUUAUAAAUAGGACUAUGAGGAAUCGUUUUUCUUUGUUGCCUCUUAAUGUUGCUAACUGGUGAGAGAAAUGUUAAGAAUAUUUUAUACCUAAAGAAGUUUUGCCAAAGAAUUAAACUGACCGUAUGUAUAUAGUAUAUAUAUAUAUAUAUGAGUUGUUCAGCUUCAAGAAACUACAUGAUGAUGAAAGAUAGCUUACCUCAGCAUUUAGAAAGGGGUUCAAGGUGCAACUUUGCCUAUGUUUCAGAAUUUUCCUCCUCUGUGUAUUUUUCCACUGACCAGGGCUUUCAUUUUAUCUAGGCUAUAAUAGCUCUUUUCUAUAUCUUUUUCAUAUGUGGCACCACUACACAGUAUACAUUAGUUUCCUAAAGUAUUCUCUUAUCAGAAUUGUGACGCUUUUUGCUUUAACAAUCUUUACUACUAUGGUCAUAUGCCCCAACAGUUUAGUUUGAUGGAACUAGUAUGGGAUGUAUGUUUGUGUAUAUCUUUAAUUAAGCUUAAUCUUGUUAAAUCUUAAUGUUGAGAUAAUUUCAUUGUGCAUAUUCCAUUAUAUUUUUGCUAUUAACAAUUCAUUAAACAUUCAGUGAUGGUAGAUGACUAGGUAAUUGUGUGAAAAUGGAAAUCUACAGUUAUUCCAACUUUGAAUUUUUUUUAUAUAGUAUAUAAUAUAUAUUUGGAAUAAGGGUGUGGGGAAUGCCCUGAUGCAAAGGUAGCUAUUUGAAUGCAAAUAAUAUGUCUAUUUUUUGUACUCCCUCUCAGUUGUUGGCAAGAAUAGCUUGAUCAUUAAAAUGGAAAAAAUCAAACGAUUAUGAUGUAUUUCUGAUGCCAGUUAUUGUUGUGCAGUCAGUUUUAUUGGAAUGUAUCAACUCAGUAGACAGAAGUAGAAUGGAAAACCUUAAUCACAUUAUAAGCAUUAAGCACCUCACACCAGUUUUGCUCACUGAAUGUUUAGUAUGUGGAGCUCUUAAAUAACAUUGUGAUAAUAAUUCAGUGUUGAACAUGUAUGUAACAAAGCUACUAAUUCAAAUUAGAACAAAAUGGUUUGAGACAUUUCUGUCCAUAUCAGUUUUUACAAUUUUUUUGGAAAUGUUAAUUCCUUAUGAUUUUAAUGUGUUUACAGACUCAAAAUUGAUAUCCCACAACAUUAAUAAACUACCUUUCUUUUAUAGCUGAUCUCAUUUUAAUUUUUUAUCUUUAUUUAAAUUUACACAAUUGCCGAUGUAUUUUCAUAGCAUUUAUCUUUAAGAGAAAUCAACCGUUUGCUACUGGUUUAACUGAUGGCUAAAACCACCUUUGUACAUAAAGUAUACAUUCUCAUACAAGGACUAUUUGAGUUGUUUGUUUUGGGUAUUGAGACCGACAUUUACCUCUGUAAACAAUAGUUUUUCUGUGAUACUCCACAGUGUGUCAAGAGAAAUAAUUUAAUGUAAGGGAUACCAAUUUUAUGCAUCUCUUCUACACAUUUCUAGACACCUUAUGUUAUCAGAACUGCAAAUUGGGUUCAGCUUUAUGAGCAACCCAAAUCUUCUGGGUUGUUCGAGUUUUCUCACUCAUUUGAUUUGGCUGUAGAAUAUUUAUUCAUUUCAUUUACCAAACUCACUUGUGAGUUGUAAAGUCAAAAGGAGAUUUUAUCUUGGGUAUUUUUUUUUUUUUUUUUUUAGUAAGUACUGUGUCAAGUGCAUGGAUGCAGUUUCAAAAUUACCAUCUCUUCUGUUAAGGGUUCUAUCUUCCAUUAGAUAUAGCAGUGAUAUGGGAGUGUCUGUUCAGUUUAUACUGAUUUUUGACAAAGAAACAUGACUUGGGUCAGCUGUGCCUGGCAAAAGAAUAGCUGUUGAAUUUGUAUGAUAUUUUCAUCACUAGGUGUAGUGACAAAAUAAAUUAUUUGUUAAAAUGUGCUUGGGAAGAAAGGUCAUUACAUGAAAUUCAAGAUACAGUGUUUGGUGCUCUCUUACGUCUUGGAGAAUUUGUUUCUAAUUUACCUUUUAGGUAUAUAAGAAAUUUUUAUGUCAUUUUCAAGCCAUGAAUUUUCUUUGUCCCUGUUCAUCAUUAUGGCAUUACUGAAUAACCAUAAAGUUGUAAUACUGUAGUGAUGUGGUUCUCUUUCUCACCUGCAUUCAUAUUACUGUACGUGAACUGUACCCAAGCAGUAUGCUAUUAUUCUAGUACAUGCUUUGUAUGAUUCUGUGUGCAUAAUUAUUUUAUAAAUAAAAACAUUUUAUA